AUAAGAAUGAUAAUGCCAUUCAAAUUGGAAAAUGGCUGCGCCCAUGUCGAUUAAAGUACAUGAUGCACUACACCUAAAGGAAGACGUGUAUAUCAGUGUUUAUCCAAAUGAUUUGAUGUAAAUUGACAUUGAGUUUCAAAAUGAUGUGGCAGAAAGACCAUUGCUGUUUUUAACAUAAUUUUGAAAUAUAGAUAACAUUUUAAAAGUUUCAUAACGCUUUUUGAAAAUGACAAGUUUUGUCUCGGACUACUCCAACAAAUUGAUCUUGGCUCCCAUGGUCAGGAUUUCAACUCUUCCCAUGAGACUGUUAGCAUUGCGUUACGGAGCAGAUAUUGUUUACUGUGAGGAAGUGAUUGAUUUUAAAAUACUUGCUACAACAAGAUAUGAAAACAAAAUACUUGGCACAGUUGAAUACAUCUCCUCUGAUGAAACAGUUGUAUUCAGAACCUGUCCAGAAGAAAAGGGAAAAGUGGUUUUUCAAAUGGGGACAUCUGAUGCACAAAGAGCCCUAAAGGCAGCCAAAAAAGUAGAAAAUGAUGUGUCUGCUAUAGACAUCAACAUGGGCUGUCCUAAAGAAUUCUCCAUCAAGGGAGGGAUGGGUGCUGCCUUACUCACAAAACCUGACAAGGUGAAGGAUAUCCUGACAACACUUGUUAACGGGCUCUCUAUACCAGUAACCUGUAAAAUCCGACUGUUACCAAAGCUAGAGGACACCCUAGCUCUGGUGAAGAUGAUUGAGGGCACUGGUGUGGCAGCCAUCGCCGUACACGGGCGAUUAAAGGAGGAGAGACCCCGCCACAAAAACCGCAACCACAUCAUCAAAAUAAUCGCAGAGAGUGUCAACAUUCCUGUCAUAGCCAAUGGGGGAUCCAAAGAGAUGCGUACUUACGAUGCCAUAGCCACCUUUCUACAGGAGACAGGAUGUACGUCGACCAUGAUAGCACGUCAGGCGGAGUGGAACCCCACCAUCUUCAGGAAGGAAGGCAAGCUGCCCCUGUUAGAUGUGUGUAAGGAAUAUGUCACAGUGGCCCUGCAGUACAACAAUGUCCACACAAACAUCAAGUACUGUGUACUCAACAUGAUGCAUGAGGACAUGGACCUGGAGGAAGGGCAAAGGAUGCUGGCAACAGCAUCUCAGGAGGAUAUCAGUGACAUUUGGGGCCUCAGACAAUACUUCCAGGAUUUGAAGGCGUCUUGGAAGAAGAAGGAAAUGGAACUCUUCAAUACCAAGAUAGAGAUAACAGUCACGAAUACACAAGAUGGUGCUGUUGAAUCUGUUGAAAUGCCAGUUCGUUACCUUAAGAAGGAUUAUCCAUUGGGGAUCAGUGCCAAACAAAGGGUGUUUGAGUGGACUAGGCGGAAGAAAUUACCACGUCCAGAUUACAAAACUGUGGAGAGAGAAGGAGAUCGCUACUUCAUGAGUGUGGUGACCCUAGGAAGCAUCAAGUACAAAAGCUCUUUCUGGGAAAAGUCUAAAAGUAUCGCAGAACAGAACGCUGCAAUCGUGGCAUCAAUAGUGUUAGAUAUCGAUGACGGUCGUAAACCAGGAUCCUCCGAAAUGACGGAAGCAGUUGUUGCCAAGUGGAGAGAACUCUAUCGAGUGAAAAUUUCAUGGGAUAAUAUCUCACAGAAAAAAAAUGAAUCUUCUUCUUCUCUUUGUGACCAAAACCAUAGAGUGAGUGAAGAUAUUCUUGGAUGCAAGAUUUAUGUAUUACAGAGGAAACACAAGAUUUCAGAAACUGACAAUGUGACAGAUUUGAAUGGGAUAGGAAGUAAAAGAAAAUGUGAUGAUUUUGAGGAGGGUGGUGAACAGAACAGUCAGAAUGAUAAUGAGGACAGCCAAUCAGAACAGGUGUCUGAUAAUAAGAAAGAACCCGGUUAAUUUUCUGAAAGAAAUUAGGCUUGUGUCAUUAUUGUAACAUGUUCAUGGGGUCUAAUUUAAAGGUUGUUGAUUAAUAAUAAAAAACAGUACGAUUAUAUUACUGUACACUGUAGUUUUAAUAAUUGAUGAUAUUCUGUACCUGAUGUUAAAACACAGUUGUGACAUCAUCCUUUGUAAUCAUUAUACAUUAUGUAGUAUAAUAUAUGGGCCUCGAUCAGGCUGUCCUCUCACAGAAUAGACAGUGUUCGGCCAUUCUCCUUUACAUAAAGAUAUACUGUAACUCAGGGGCAUAGCUAGGCCCAUCGAUAUGUGUAAGCCCAGGAAAUGACUUUUAAGAUUUGACGAAGCAUUGUUAUCCGAGACAGUUAUUUAGCGACAUAUUUUAGUGUCAAAUGCGCUGAAAUGUUAUAAAGGUCUGUACUACGUUGUCCGUAUUUAUAGAAAUUUCUCUGUGGACAUGUAGCAUUGCUAGCGGGGAAAGACGGUCUUGGUUUGUCUUGGUACUAUUCAUUAAAAACUAUAAAGUGAAACCGACUUCCGCUAAACUCAAGUCAUAUAUAGAAUCAAUUACUUUUCUCAUCAUGCUUUUAGACAUUGCUUAUCAGAUGCCUUUUGAGUACGUUAAUAAAAGCAGCUCAUAAAAUUUAAUGAAUUAGUCCCACCCCUCUCAAAACAGAAGGAGAAAAAUAUAUAAUUAAAAAUUCUAUAAGUUAUAUAGAGGUUCCCUUUUUCUCCCAUAAUGUUCAUAUUUUAUCUGGAAAUCCAUAUGUUUCCCUUGAAAGUACACUAUGCAUGCAUCCGAUGGUGGAAACAAUUGCCGUGAAUCAUGACGUCAAAAUGGAAGAUGACGUUACAAAGCAUUGUUACGUGACGUCAUAAGUAAAAAAUUGACCAAUGAAAUCACGUCCAGGGUGUUACUCACUAGUGGUUAACCAAAAAUGUUUACCAACUCCUAGCAUGUUUAUCCAAUGAAUCAAGAGUGAGGAAAUAUAUAGUGAUUGUGGGAGAAAAGUAUAUAAAUCCCGACCAAUCUACCCUAUUUUUUCAGUCAUGCUACCAGAAGUUUGUUUUCUAUCUAACCAGUCUAAAUACCAUGGCGGAGAAGGUCUGGGUCCCACUUUUUUUACAAUAAUGCUAAUUCAUAUUUUCCUUUUGAGAAUAUAUAAGAAGUCUUCCUCAGAUCAUCGACAAUAUCGUUAAACCCAAAACUGUCUUAACUACAUUGAAGGAAAUUAAAACGUGUCCAGGCCCUGUCACUGAGACGGUGUCAUCAAUAGAUUGUGGACAGCUUGUUCUGAAUUGAUUUUUUGCUCAGAUUUAAAUCCCAUGUCAAUGUACAAUAGUCCUUGCUGGAGUGUCUUUCUUGGAUUUGGGGGGUCCAAGCACGUGCUUUGCUGUGUGCUGCUUGGGCCUGCGGAUGGACUUGUUAGAUUAUCAGCAAUAUUUGCAUGUACCAGGUUUUUAGUAACCGACGUCGUGGCAGGGAUUGUGUCACCUUUUGAAUCAGUAUUACAUGAUUUUGGAUUGAAGAAGGUAUAUAUCUUCUUUGAAAUAUUGGAAGCCUUCUUCAUUUUGAAAAUUAACUUCUGUCAACAUACUAUAACACCAAAAAUGUAGUAUUAUAAGUAUUUAGUAAAUAAUUAAUACAAAGGUCAAUUAAGGUAUUAUCCUGAUAACUUGGUAUCAUCUUUUGUUUUGUUUCAUUGGCUACUUUUUUGACAAAUGGCACACACUGAUUUUUUAUGUGUAAGCCUGGCUUUUCUUUUUUAUGGACGCUACAGCACCCCUGCUGUUCUACAAAGUUUGAGUUAGAUACAAUAUUGACAUCGAUAAUUCACUACACAAGACAUAUGAUUCAAUGCUUUAUUCAGCAUCUUCAUCUUGAAUUUUCCAGUGCAUUUAACAUUGGUACAUUAAUUACAUAGGCUUGUAAGGCAGACAUACUAAUAAACUUAUAUCCAGAUGCUUUGGAAUUUGCUGA